AUGGAAGGAAUUUUGAAUUUUUCUAGCGAUUUAGAUAUCGCCCUAUUAGAUCAGGUGGUAUCCACAUUUUAUCAGGGUUCUGGCGUCCAGCAAAAGCAAGCUCAGGAGAUUUUGACCAAAUUUCAGGAUAAUCCAGAUGCUUGGCAAAAAGCUGAUCAAAUUCUUCAAUUCUCAACUAACCCUCAAUCGAAAUUCAUUGCCCUCUCCAUCCUUGAUAAACUAAUCACUAGAAAAUGGAAAUUGUUGCCGAAUGAUCAUAGAAUUGGAAUUAGGAACUUUGUUGUCGGUAUGAUCAUUUCCAUGUGCCAAGACGAUGAAGUAUUUAAAACACAAAAGAAUCUGAUCAAUAAGUCAGAUUUAACUUUAGUGCAAAUUUUAAAACAGGAAUGGCCUCAAAAUUGGCCAGAAUUCAUCCCAGAACUAAUCGGCAGUUCAAGUUCCUCUGCUAAUGUUUGCGAAAACAACAUGAUCGUUUUGAAAUUACUAUCUGAAGAAGUCUUCGAUUUUUCUGCGGAACAAAUGACGCAAGCUAAAGCUUUACAUUUGAAAAAUUCCAUGUCAAAAGAAUUUGAACAAAUUUUUAAAUUAUGUUUUCAAGUUUUGGAACAAGGUUCUUCAAGCUCUCUAAUAGUAGCAACCUUGGAAUCUUUAUUGAGAUAUUUACAUUGGAUUCCUUAUCGUUAUAUUUACGAAACAAAUAUUUUGGAACUACUAAGUACCAAAUUCAUGACAUCGCCUGAUACAAGAGCCAUCACAUUGAAAUGUUUGACUGAGGUGUCAAAUCUAAAAAUUCCACAAGAUAACGAUUUGAUAAAAAGACAAACUGUUCUUUUUUUCCAAAACACUCUACAACAAAUUGCCACAAGUGUCAUGCCCGUUACUGCCGAUUUGAAGGCCACUUAUGCGAAUGCUAACGGCAAUGACCAAUCUUUUUUACAAGAUUUAGCAAUGUUUUUAACUACAUAUCUGGCCCGUAAUAGAGUUCUAUUAGAAAGCGAUGAAUCAUUGAGGGAGUUAUUACUGAAUGCGCACCAAUACUUAAUUCAACUAUCUAAAAUCGAAGAAAGAGAGCUAUUUAAGACGACAUUGGACUACUGGCAUAAUUUAGUAGCAGAUUUAUUUUAUGAGGUUCAACGUUUGCCUGCUACCGAAAUGAGCCCAUUGAUACAGUUGUCAGUCGGUUCACAGGCUAUUUCAACUGGCUCUGGCGCUCUAAAUCCGGAAUAUAUGAAAAGAUUUCCAUUAAAAAAACAUAUUUACGAAGAAAUUUGCUCACAGUUGAGAUUAGUCAUUAUUGAAAAUAUGGUUAGACCAGAGGAAGUCCUUGUUGUUGAAAAUGAUGAAGGAGAAAUUGUUAGAGAAUUCGUCAAAGAAUCUGACACUAUCCAAUUGUACAAAUCAGAAAGAGAAGUUCUUGUAUAUUUGACCCACUUAAAUGUCAUUGACACGGAAGAAAUCAUGAUCAGUAAAUUAGCAAGGCAAAUUGAUGGGUCUGAAUGGUCAUGGCACAAUAUAAACACUUUAUCUUGGGCGAUCGGUUCUAUAUCUGGUACAAUGAGCGAAGAUACCGAGAAGAGAUUCGUAGUUACUGUUAUCAAAGAUUUACUAGAUUUAACGGUUAAGAAAAGGGGCAAAGACAACAAGGCUGUCGUUGCAUCGGAUAUUAUGUACGUAGUGGGCCAGUAUCCAAGAUUUUUGAAGGCUCACUGGAAUUUUCUAAGAACAGUUAUUUUGAAACUUUUUGAAUUUAUGCAUGAAACUCAUGAGGGUGUUCAGGAUAUGGCGUGUGACACAUUCAUCAAAAUUGUUCAGAAAUGUAAAUAUCAUUUUGUUAUUCAACAACCCCGUGAGUCUGAACCAUUCAUCCAGACAAUAAUCAGGGACAUCCAAAAGACGACUGCUGACCUGCAGCCGCAACAGGUUCAUACAUUUUACAAGGCUUGUGGUAUUAUUAUUUCUGAAGAAAGGAGUGUAGCGGAGAGAAAUAGAUUAUUGAGUGAUUUGAUGCAACUGCCAAAUAUGGCUUGGGACACUAUAGUCGAACAGUCCACUGCCAACCCAACAUUGUUGUUAGAUUCUGAAACUGUCAAAAUCAUUGCGAAUAUCAUAAAAACUAAUGUCGCUGUUUGUACUUCAAUGGGAGCAGAUUUCUACCCACAAUUGGGUCACAUCUAUUACAAUAUGCUUCAACUAUACAGAGCCGUUUCUUCGAUGAUUUCUGCUCAGGUGGCUACAGAUGGUCUGAUUGCUACAAAAACCCCAAAGGUUCGUGGUUUGAGAACCAUCAAGAAAGAAAUUCUGAAACUUGUUGAAACCUAUAUAUCCAAGGCCAGAAAUCUGGAUGAUGUUGUUAAAGUGUUGGUCGAACCAUUGUUGAAUGCCGUGUUGGAGGAUUAUAUGAACAAUGUUCCAGAUGCAAGAGAUGCCGAAGUACUAAAUUGCAUGACCACAGUAGUAGAGAAGGUUGGUCAUAUGAUCCCACAAGGUGUUAUUUUAAUUUUACAGAGUGUGUUUGAGUGUACUUUGGACAUGAUUAACAAAGAUUUCACAGAAUAUCCAGAGCAUCGUGUAGAGUUUUACAAGUUGCUGAAGGUCAUUAAUGAGAAAUCAUUUGCUGCAUUCUUGGAACUACCUCCGGCUGCGUUUAAACUGUUUGUCGACGCUAUUUGCUGGGCGUUCAAACACAACAAUAGGGAUGUUGAAGUUAAUGGUUUACAGAUUGCAUUGGACUUAGUGAAAAACAUCGAAAGAAUGGGAAAUGUCCCUUUUGCAAAUGAAUUCCACAAGAAUUAUUUCUUCAUUUUUGUCAGCGAAACAUUUUUUGUUCUAACCGAUUCCGACCACAAAUCCGGGUUCUCUAAGCAAGCUUUGUUAUUAAUGAAGUUGAUUUCUUUGGUUUACGAUAACAAGAUUUCCGUACCAUUAUAUCAAGAAGCUGAAGUACCACAGGGGACUUCAAAUCAAGUCUACUUGAGCCAAUAUUUGGCUAAUAUGCUAAGUAAUGCAUUCCCUCAUUUAACAUCUCAACAAAUUGCAAGUUUUCUCUCUGCAUUAACUAAACAAUACAAAGACCUAAUAGUCUUCAAAGGUACUUUGAGGGACUUUUUGGUGCAAAUCAAAGAAGUCGGAGGUGAUCCAACAGAUUAUUUGUUUGCUGAAGAUAAAGAGCACGCAUUAAUGGAACAGAAUAGACUUGAAAGAGAAAAAGCUGCCAAGAUUGGUGGGUUAUUAAAACCUUCUGAACUUGAUGAUUAG